CUCUGUAUCAAUAUCAGCUUACAUCAUUGGAAAGAUAAUUUUGAAGUCAUGUUUUGCUGAAAAGACAACUGAGAAAAAUCAUUUUACGAAUGGGAUGAACACGCACCAGCUAAUGGACUGCCUACUACAAUUUGAAUGUUAACGUUACCAAGUUGGUACAGUUACUUAGUGAUGUGCCUGUUCUCACAAUACCCUAUUUCAGUGUGCUUGUCUUGAUUAAAGAAUUCAAAGUGGAGUACCGCAAACUUGAUAUGGAUAAUAAAAAGAAAGACAAGGACAAAUCAGAUGAUAGAAUGGCACGGCCUAGUGGUCGAUCGGGGCACAACACUCGAGGGACUGGAUCAUCAUCCUCUGGAGUUUUAAUGGUUGGACCUAACUUUAGAGUUGGAAAAAAAAUUGGAUGUGGCAACUUCGGAGAACUACGAUUAGGGAAAAAUUUAUAUACAAAUGAAUACGUGGCAAUUAAGUUGGAACCCAUGAAAUCCAGAGCACCACAGCUACAUUUGGAAUUCAGAUUCUACAAGCAAUUAGGAUCUGGUGAUGGUAUACCUCAAGUUUACUAUUUUGGCCCUUGUGGUAAAUACAAUGCAAUGGUGCUGGAACUGCUGGGACCUAGUUUAGAAGACUUGUUUGACUUGUGUGACAGAACAUUUUCUCUUAAAACAGUUCUCAUGAUAGCUAUACAACUGAUUUCUCGUAUGGAAUAUGUCCAUUCAAAGAACUUGAUAUACAGAGAUGUAAAACCUGAAAACUUCUUAAUAGGACGACCAGGAAACAAAACGCAACAAGUUAUUCAUAUUAUAGAUUUUGGUUUGGCAAAGGAAUAUAUUGAUCCAGAAACAAAGAAACACAUACCAUACAGAGAACACAAGAGUCUUACAGGAACAGCUAGAUAUAUGAGCAUAAACACGCAUUUAGGAAAAGAACAAAGUAGAAGAGAUGAUUUAGAAGCUUUAGGUCAUAUGUUCAUGUAUUUUCUCAGAGGCAGUCUUCCUUGGCAAGGUUUAAAGGCUGACACAUUAAAAGAGAGGUAUCAGAAAAUUGGAGAUACAAAAAGAGCCACACCAAUAGAAGUGUUAUGUGAGAAUUUUCCAGAAAUGGCAACUUAUCUUCGUUAUGUAAGAAGGUUAGAUUUUUUUGAAAAACCAGACUAUGACUACUUAAGAAAGCUUUUUACUGACUUAUUUGAUCGAAAAGGAUAUAUGUUUGAUUAUGAAUAUGACUGGAUCGGUAAACAGUUGCCUACUCCAGUGGGUGCAGUUCAGCAAGAUUCUGCUCUUUCAUCAAACAGAGAAGCACAUCAACACAGAGAUAAGAUGCAACAAUCCAAAAAUCAGUCGGCAGACCACAGGGCAGCUUGGGACUCCCAGCAGGCAAAUCCCCACCAUUUGAGAGCUCACCUUGCAGCAGACAGACAUGGUGGCUCGGUACAGGUUGUAAGUUCUACAAAUGGGGAAUUAAACACAGAUGACCCUACUGCAGGACGUUCGAAUGCACCCAUCACAGCCCCUACGGAAGUAGAAGUGAUGGACGAAACCAACUGCCAGAAAGUGUUGAACAUGUGGUGCUGCUGUUUUUUCAAACGAAGGAAAAGAAAAACUAUUCAGCGCCACAAAUGACUCUGGACACAGACAGAUCAUGGAGAGUUACUUAUGUGUUCAUCUGCUGUCUUGUGAUUAAAAUCAUCUCUGUAGUGACCAUAUGUAUUUUCAAGGACUUCUCUUGGAAAUGGUCAUUAUCUUCAUACUUCAUUUUGUGAUUGUCUUACAGUCAUAUUUUUUUCUAAUUUAACUUUUAUGGAAGCUUUAAAGUUUUGUCAAAACAUGAGUGCUUUGCCCAUCAAUGAAGGGAAUGGACCAAUGAGGUGGUAUUCAUGAAUGCAGUUCUAUAAAACGGUUUCAGAAGCUCUUCUUCUGUUGUAGAAAACAGUACAGUAUCUUACAUGUCAACCAGUUUUAUACCUAACCUGUUUUUUUUUUUUAAUAUAAGUUCUGCAAGAGUAUAAUCAAACUGGAAUUUUUCUCCCUAGUGCAAAAGUGAAACAGAGUUGCCCAAAUGUUUAAAACAAGUUCUUCCUUGAGAAAUUCAUAUUUUGUGUUUGACAUCUGCAUUGGUUUCAGUAUUACUGAUGGUACUGCUAGUCAUGAGUCAUAUUAACAUUCUCUAUGAAAUCAUGGUACAGUCACUGCCCAGAGGUACUGAGGAAACAGCUCCAUUGGUUCUACAGAAGUUGGUGGUAGUCAAAUGAAUCACAAGCCAUGUGGUAAAUAGGAGUUCUGCUUUUGUUGCACCACUAUGUGAAGUGCAGUGUUGCAGACGUGGCAAAAGCGCUUAUUAAAAAAUGUAAAUUAUUUGUAUAAUGUAGCUUUAUGUUUCCAGGUAAUAAUGUAUGCUAGACAGCAGGAAAUGAAUACUUUGAUAAAUGAGAUACGUUGGAGAGUUUUAAAAAAAAUACACUAAGGAGAAGUAAUGAAUGUGAAUCUCAUUAAAAUUCAUCAAGGUUGAAGUCUAAGAUGACCCCAUGGAAACCUACUGCUGAAUGAUUACAUUCUGCCUUAAGCAGAAAAUUUCGGAUGUGCCAUGCAAUGGUGUUCUGUUUAUUAAUUAUUUUGCUCUUUGAUAAAAAAUAAAGACCUCCCCCCAGCAAUAAAAAUUGGGUCACUCUGUUGCCCUCUGUGCACAUUAGUCUCUUGUUUCAACUUUGCUGGUUCUCUGGAAUUUUCCGAUUACUUAGCAUGAUUGUGAUGAUUGAAAACUGUUUUGAGAGGAUGGGUCAGGUGCUUUGCCUCCAUAGUCUUUUGAAGUGCCUGCAUAUGAACAAAGUAAUGGUUUCACAAAAACAGAAACCCAUUCCACUUUUCAAGUAUGCCUUGUUUUUAAGCCAUAAAAACAUGGUGUACUUUAGUUACAUGCUACUAGCUAGGAUUUUCAAGAAGGGUUAAAGCAAAAUGACUGACUAGAAAGAUGAUUAUAUUGUUUAAAUCUCACACUCCCCUUUCCUUUAUAAAACUGUCACCUGUUUCCUCCAUUCAGUCUCUUUGUUGUGUUUUUAUGUAUGCCGCCAGGCAUGCUUAUUUAUUUUUCUGUCUCAAGGUAACAUUUGAGAUGUGUAUUAAAGUAAAUAAUUCCACGGUUUUGGCUUCAUUAUUGCAUUUACAGGGAUUUAAUUGUAUUUUGUAAUUUAUUAUUUUUUAUUAGCCAAAACUUCAAUGCAUUGUUUUGAUGAAUUAGGUAUCCAUAUGAACAACACAAAUCUGGGCAUUGUUUAUCAAAUAUUGGUAUGAAUCCUAUGAAUGAUCUUUUAAAAUUCUUGAUUUUAAUGACCUGGGAAACAUUUGCUGUAUAAUUUGGUCAACAGUUUCCAUUCUAUCUAUUUGUAUACUGUCAGGAGCUAUACACUUUGAGUUUUUGUUUUUGUUUGCUUUAAGCAAGGUAGAUGGUUGUUUUGGCCAUUAUAAUGUGAAACCACUUCUUUCUUUACAGUAUUUGACCAAAUUUGUGUCUAUGAUAUUUGUAAAUACAUGCAAUAUCUGUAUUUCUUAUCAUAAGCCUAUUUAGUUUUACUCUUAGUAGAGAUUUUUGGACUGUACAGUGUUUAUAUGAUCUGAAUUCCUUAUACAUAAGAAGGUGUGUAUAUUAAUCCAAUUAUGGACUUUAAAUAUUUUAAAAGUAUAAAUACCCUUAUUUGCUGCAAAGACCAGUAUGUAGACAUUUGCUUUUUAGCAAUAUUUUUAAGUGCUCCAUUUGAAUGCCAAGGAAUAAGUCUUUUGGCAACACAAACUGGUCAAUAAUAGGUAAUGCAGGUAUGUUCAGGUUAAGCCAACAAUGUUUUGCAUUUAUAUGCUUUUUUUCUGUCAACACUAAUGAAGUCAACAUUGCCUGAAUGUCUGAAUAAUGAAACACAUCCCUGUUUAAAAGUAUGUAACUGAAAAAGAAAUAAAAAUAAAGGUAGUUUUUUUAAACUUGUUUUUUUUUUCCCUUUUCCUCUAAUCAUGGGUAAAAUAAUGUCACUCCUUAAUUUCAGAUAGAAAUUAAAGCAUUUAAUUAAUUCACUCAGUCAUAUGUGAGAAGUAAAAUUAAAUAUGCUUUUGUUAUUUUGUUGCUUAGUUGGAACCCAGUCCAUACCAGCAAAGAUCUGAGUAUUCUUUAAUGGAGGUUUUGCUAUUAUUUUAAAUUGCAUUUCUCUGAACUGUUGAAAAGAGCAAUUGAUGAAAGCUAAUGUCUUCUGAU